AUGGUUCUGGAGGAGAAUAACAAGGAUAUUUAUGCCCAGUGGUUCCAGGAUCUGGACAUACAUCAGAUAACUCAGCUGAAGAGAAGUUAUGUAGAGGCUAUUUGUCAUCUCUGGGCAGACAAAGGCUUUAAGAUUUGUUACAGACGGCGCAGAGAGUAUCAGCUGCUAGACUCCACCAAAUAUUUUAUUGAUAACUUGGAGCGCAUCGCAGCUGAAGGCUACAUCCCAACACCUCAAGAUGUUCUUCAAGUCCGGUUCCCCACCACCGGCAUCACAGACCACUGCUUUACUUUAGAGAAGAUGACUCUCAGUUCCUCUAAUUCUGUUGGAGAAAUGGGGGUUUACUCCUGCUGUCCAUGGUUCUGUUGCUUGUCUGAAGAGCAGAGGAACGCCAUUUACAUAAAUCGUGAAAUCAAACGCAUCCUUUCAGAGCAGAAAAAACAGAGAGAUAUCAAGGUGCUUUUAUUAGGCACGGGAGAAAGUGGAAAGACAACGUUUAUGAAGCAGAUGAAAAUCAUUCAUGGAAGCGGAUACUCAGAAGAGGAGAGGUGUAGCUACACGAAGCUGGUUUUUCAGAAUGUAUUCCAAGCUAUGAGUACAAUGACAGACGCCAUGAAGACCCUAAAGAUCCCCUUCUCCAACCCACAGAGCGAGAUUUAUGCCCAGUGGUUCCAGGAUCUGGACAUACAUCAGAUAACACAGCUGAAGAGAAGUUAUGUAGAGGCUAUUCGUCAUCUCUGGGCAGACAAAGGCUUUAAGAUUUGUUACAGACGGCGCAGAGAGUAUCAGCUGCUAGACUCCACCAAAUAUUUUAUUGAUAACUUGGAGCGCAUCGCAGCUGAAGGCUACAUCCCAACACCUCAAGAUGUUCUUCAAGUCCGGUUCCCCACCACCGGCAUCACAGACCACUGCUUUACUUUAGAGAAGAUGACUCUCAGGAUUGUAGAUGUCGGGGGUCAGAGGGGACAAAGAAGAAAGUGGAUCCAUUGUUUUGAGAAUGUGACGGCAAUCAUAUUUUUAGCCUCCCUCAGUGAAUACGACCAACUCCUUGAGGAGAAUAACAAGGAUAACCGCAUGGAAGAGAGUUUGUCGCUGUUCUACACCACCAUCAACUCAACAUUUUUUGCUCGUUCAUCCGUCAUCGUCUUCCUGAACAAAACGGACAUCCUGGCUGAGAAGAUUCAGUUCUCAGAUCUAAAAACAUACUUUCCUGAAUUCAACGGCAAACGUAGGGACAUUCAAGAUGCCAUGCUUUUCAUCAGAAAUUUAUACAAACAGAAAGCGGUUUCCUUCGAAACUAAGAACUCCAAAAAAAUCUUCUCUCACUUCACCUGUGCCACAGACACUAAAAACAUCCGGAAAGUCUUCAGUGACGUGAAAGAGGACGUCCUCCUCGAUGCCUUAAAGAACUCUGGAAUGUUGUAAUGAGCCAAAGGUGCACCUUCAAGGCACUCGGCAUCAAACUGCCAAUGCCAAUCCAUGUACGUUCAGAAAUACUACUAUUUUGCGGAGGCACAUCUGCAUGCUCGUGUUAGCAAUAUUUGUACUGUAACUGGACACACUUGGACAAAAUGUAAUUAUAGGUUGAUUUUUAUUUUGCUUAACUAAUAUAUAUUUACAUGUUAAACUCGGACUGUUUUAUUAAGGGAGAUUUCAAAUGGUUUAAAAGCCAUGUGAUAUUAAUGAGGAAAACUGACUUUAAAAAUCAGUGUGAUGCCAGUUUUUAUCAUUAAAAACAUGGCUCAGAAAAGUGGUUUGAAAAGCUUUAGCAUCAAUUUGUAAAUAAAUGCAAUGAAAUUCACAUUUUCAUGUGACUUUGAUGUCUAAAAAUAACUACUAAAUUAAGUUUCCACUAAUACAUUUUGGUAAUCCAAAAGCACAAUCCAAAAACAGGCAGAAGGCCAUGUCCAAAACAAUAACAACAGGACAAAACACAGGCAAAGGAUAAUCCAAAAGACAGGUAUUAAUUAAGAGUUUGGAAGAGUCAAUAGCAACUAAGAAGAGGAUCUGAGAAGAAUAAGGUUGAAGAAGAUCUGAGAUGUGGGCAGGAGCGAGACCACGCAGUGCUCUAAAUACAAAUAUUAAAACCUUAAACUCAAUUCCUUACUUUACAGGUAACCAGUGAAGCAAUGCUAAAAUAGAUGCAGUAUGCUCCAUCUUUUCUGUCCCUGUCAAAAAGCAAGCUGUGGCAUUCUGUACCAGAUGCAAAAGUAAGGACUGAAUAAUUCCAGCAUAAAAGGAAUUAAUAAUCUAAUUUUUUUGAGGUGAAUACAUGAAUGAUAGUCCCUUAAACUGCAGAAAGCUGGCUCUUACUACAGAAGUUUCUGUCAGUGGAGUUUCAUUCCUAAAUUAAUGGGUGCUUUACUGAUGCAACUGGGUGAACGACUGAAUAAGUAUUUGCUCCUCAACCACUAAAAAAAUAUGUAUGAAUGUGUGUAGUAUGAAUGUAAUUUUGAUGUAAAACAUCUGCCAUGUUGUCUUGGUCAUGUGACCUACCAACGUUCGUUUAUGCACAAAUCUUUUUCUGUGGCUUCAUGAGAUUGUUAAGUGUCAGAAUCUUCAGAAUCUUUGACAGAGGUAGUAGUAAGCCAUUCAGAUACUUUUUGCCUGCUGUUUCUUGUAUAUUGUCAAUUUGGACAUACUUAUCUUGUUACAUACUGUUUUUGGCAAAUGAAGGGAAGAAUGCAUCUUAUACCCUUAGCCUGUAAACACUAUUUAGGGGACUGCCAUUUGUAGCUGUGUCUGACACUAUGGGUUUUUCCUUUUCCUAAUACCCACACCUGUGGUCAUAGCACUUGACCACUGGUCUGCUUACAUCAUGUAUUUCCAGAAUUUGGCCCCCAAGUGUUCAAGUGUGCAUUAAAACAAGUGCGGAUACAACUUUUGAUUACCCAAUGGGACACUCUUACAAUGGUGUUGUAAAAAUGUUUUACUUGUACAUUUUGUAUUUUCAAUACUUUGCACUUUAAAGUAAACUUUCAAAGGUACUUUCAGUAGUCACUAUGUAACAUCCAACAUUAUUUAAUUGUGUUUCUAAUUAAGUGAUAAAUAAUGUGUCAAUAAAAAUGUGCAGCACUAUGUUUUACUACCAAAUUUAUAUGCAAUAUCUACUUAAUUUAACUUAUUCUGUGUGUGUUUAUGGCACUGAGUUUGGCAUUUUUCUAACCUGGGACAGCAC